CCCCUCUCCAGGACAAAUGAACUGGGGUGGGGGUAGGAGGGAGGCCAUUUUCCUGAACCUGUUUUCAGACUCAGCACUUAGAGCAGAACCAGGAAGCUUCUGGGAGCCAGAGAGGACUGAGAGAGGUUCAGGAGGGUGGAGACCAGAGUGGGGAAGAACCCGGGCCGGGGGAAUGAGCCGGGCAGGUGGAAUGAGACCUCCCCGGAACCAGGAGAGAUCUCCAGAAGAAAGUCUGCCCACUGCCACUGAACCCAGUGGACAGUGGUCCGUGGUCAAGCGGGUGCUAAUGGCUGGCCUGCUUUUCAGUGUGCUCCUUGGUUUCUCUGUGCUUUUGGUGUACAUCUUCCGGAGCUGUGGCCCUCGCCCCUGUACGACUCCUGUGUGUUGGGAUCUCCUGGCUCGUUACCUGGCCUCUGGAAACACCAGUGUGGCCCCCUGCACCGAUUUCUUCAGCUUUGCCUGUGGACAGGCCAAAGGGACCGAUUAUUCUUUCCAGGCUCUUGCAGAGGAGAAUAAGAGCCGACUUCGGAGAAUACUGGAAGCCCCAGGUUCCUGGCACCUGGGCUCUGGAGAGGAGAAAGCCUUCCAGUUCUACAGGUCCUGCAUGGACACAGAUGCCAUCGAAGCUGUUGGGGCUGCCCCCCUCAGACAAGUCAUUGAGGAGCUUGGAGGCUGGCGAAUCUCCGGUAAUUGGACUUCCUUAGACUUUAACCGAACUCUGAGACUUCUGAUGAGUCAGUAUGGUUAUUUUCCAUUCUUCAGAGCCUAUCUACAACCUCGUCCCACCCCUCCAUACACGCCAGUCAUCCAGAUAGACCAGCCAGAGUUUGAUGUUCCCCUCAAGCAAGAGCAGGAACAGAAGAUCUAUGCUCAGAUUGUGCGGGAAUACGUGACUUACCUGAACCAGCUGGGAACCUUGCUGGGAGGAGAACCAAACAAAGUGCAAGAACAUGCCUACCUAUCCAUCUCCAUUACCUCGCAGCUGUUUCAGUUUCUAAGGCCCCUGGAGCAGCGGCGGGCACAGGGAAAGCUCUUGACUAUUGACCAACUGCAGGAAAUGGCUCCUGCCAUCGACUGGUUGUCCUGCUUGCAAGCAACAUUCACGCCAAUGCCGUUGAGCCCCUCCCAGCUUCUCUUGGUCCAUGACCUGGAGUAUUUGAAAAACAUGUCUCAACUGGUGGAAGAGCAGCUGUCGAAUCACAGAGACUUUCUGCAGAGCCAUAUGAUCUUGGGGCUGGUGAGGACCCUUUCUCCAGCCCUGGACAGUAAAUUCCAAGAGGCACGCAGAUCAUUGAUCCAGAAACUGGGGGAGCUGACCGAAAGACCACCUAUGCCUUCCCGCCCUCGAUGGAUGAAGUGUGUGGAGGAUACAGGAACCUUCUUCAAGCCUACUCUGGCAGCCUUGUUUGUCCGUGAGGCCUUCAGCCCGAGCACCCAAAGUGCUGCUAUGGAAUUAUUCACUGCAAUCAAGAAUGCCCUCAUCAGCCGCCUCAGAAGGAUUCCCUGGAUGGAUGAGAAUACCCGGAAAGAGGCCCAGAACAGGGUCACCCAACUGCAGGUGAAGAUGGGGGCCCCAGAAUGGGCCCUGGAGCCAUCACAGGCCAGACAGGAAUACAACGAUAUACAGCUUGGACCCAGCUACCUGCAGUCCUUCCUGAGCUGUGUCCGAUCCCUCCAAGCUAGAAUUGUCCAGAGCUUCUUGCAGUCUUUCCCCUACCACAGGUGGCAGGUAUCCCCCUGGGGGGUCAAUGCUUAUUAUUCAAUACCUGACCAUGUGGUGGUCUUCCCAGCUGGACUCCUCCAACCGCCAUUCUUCCACCCUGGCUACCCCAGAGCCGUGAACUUUGGCGCUGCUGGCAGCAUUAUGGCCCAUGAGCUGUUGCACAUCUUCUACCAGCUCUUACUCCCUGGGGGCUGCCCAGCCUGUGACACCCGUGCCCUACAGGGGGCGCUGCUAUGCAUGAAACACCACUAUGAGACCAUUCCCUUACCCAAUGGAACCUCCUUCAAUGGAUCUCGGACAUUCCUGGAGAAUGCUGCAGACACUGGGGGGCUGGCCAUUGCACUGCAGGCAUACAGCAAAAGGCUGUUAUGGCACCAUGGGGAGACCACCCUGCCGAACCUGGACCUCAGUCCUCAGCAACUCUUCUUCCGAAGCUAUGCCCAGGUGAUGUGUAGGGAGCCUGGCACCCAGGAGCCCCAGGAUCCUCACAGCCCACCCACCCUUCGAGUCCAUGGGCCACUCAGCAACACCCCAGCUUUUGGCAGACAUUUCCACUGUCCACACGGUACCCUCUUGAACCCCUCUAGCCACUGCCAACUCUGGUAGCCUGGCUACCACAGAGAUUUCAAUCAGGUGUCACAACGUCUCCCUGAUCCGUCCAUAGAAUUAGGCGGCAAUCGCCUUUCUCUUUCCCUUCCAAAAAUAAAAGCUGGCACUUGGCAUC